UGUCCUUCAGGUCCGCAGGGCGGGCUGAUUUCCCGCAGCCCUAGCAGGAGCCCGCGCCCCGAGCCUCUUCACUCUGAUGUCGGGAGAGGUGCCUGUGUGCGACACUCAGUGUGGCAGUGGCAAGGCAAAGGAGACCAGUAUGGUGGGUAGGUGUCGUGUGUCCUGGUACGAUAGCUUCGUGCAGCCCUGCCUGGUUGAGCUGCUGGGCUCUGCCCUCUUCAUCUUCAUCGGGUGCCUGUCGGUCGUGGAGAAUGGACCGGACGCUGGAAGGCUGCAGCCAGCCCUCGCGCAUGGGCUGGCCCUGGGGCUCAUCAUUGCCACGCUGGGGAACAUCAGUGGUGGACACUUUAACCCUGCAGUGUCGCUGGCGGCCACACUGAUUGGAGGCCUCAAUGUGAUGAUGCUCCUCCCCUAUUGGAUCUCCCAGCUGUGUGGAGGGCUGAUUGGGGCUGCCUUGGUCAAGGCUGUCAGUCCUGAGCAGCGGUUCUGGAAUGCCUCCGGGGCGGCCUUUGUGACUGUCCAGGAGCACGAGCAGGUGGGCAGGGCCCUGGGGGCUGAGAUCAUCCUCACCACCCUGCUGGCCCUGGCGGUGUGCAUGGGCGCCAUCAACGAGAAGACGCAGGGCCCUCUGGCCCCGUUCUCCAUUGGCUUCUCUGUUGCCGUGGACAUCCUGGCAGGGGGUGCUAUCUCUGGAGCCUGCAUGAACCCUGCUCGUGCCUUUGGGCCUGCCGUGAUAGCUGGCCACUGGGACUUCCACUGGAUCUACUGGCUGGGGCCACUUCUGGGUGGCCUGCUUGUAGGACUGCUCAUUAGGUUCCUCAUUGGAGAUGGGAAAACCCGUCUAAUCCUAAAGGGCCAAUGAAGCAGAGAUGGGAGGUUCCCACUGCCCUGGCUCCCUCAGCUGCCCCACCCCGGUUGAGGACAGACGGGACAGCUUCUGCAUCUACUGCAGAGAAGAGGCCCAGAGGAGCGACUGACCUGUUUUCUUUGGAUUUGGGUCUGGCUUUUUGGACAGACAGACUGCUGUAAGUCCUAAGGAGGCCCUGGGUCUUGAAAUACUUCUGUGCUAAAUGGAGGCCCUUGCCUAGGGGACAUGUUGCCAGAACUGCCCGGAGAGAAGUGGAAACAGCAUGGUAAAGGAGGUUUUUCUUGAGAGGGAAGGUCUCAGGAGCAGAACAGUUGGAAGAAGUGGUUCUUUAUGUACAUAAGCUGGAUCAUCCCCCACCUCUGCUUUCUUCAGGGCUGGGGAUCCAGCCCAG